AUGAGACAGACGGAUUCGACAGACAGAUUCGACAGACUUGAUUUGAUCAUGAGACUCCGAGUGGCCACGUCAGACGAGGAGGAAGACUCCUCCGUGUUCAAGGCCGCCAGCCUCGAGGCGGCCGGCCGGCCAUUCGACGGCUCCUGCGCCCAGCGUGCUGCGGAGAUCUUGGCAGAAGCCGCUCCCGAUUGGCUUGAGCUGGACGGGGCCAGCGGCACGGCGUCUUUGGUCUUGUUGCGGCCAGAUGGCAACGCCAGCAAACGUCAUCGCCCAGCGAUGUGCGCUGGAGUGGUUGCGCGUGGAUACUCCUUGGCUUUGCCCGAGGAAGAUGCCACACCAGGUGGUAAGGACGCGGCAAUGAAAAGAUGGAAAUCUGCACAGCAGAACUUCUAUGCGGAUGUCCGUGCUUUAGAGCGGGACCUCUUCUCGAUCCAAGCAUGUAUCCUGGGUCGGCUACGAGAGAUUGCUGAAGAGCAGAGCCGAGAAGGGAAGGAACCAGCGCCUUUGGAUGCCUCGACUCCAACCCUUGCCAGCCAGGGGCAAAACAUGCCAGAGCAGGCAGUCUUGGCGGCAGAUGAGAGCGUCCUGGGCUUCGUGAAAGCAGUUGAGCAGCAUCCGGACUAUCAGCAACAGGUCUGCCAUGUGAAGCACUACCCCACCCGCCCUGCCAAGUUCGCUCGCUUUGAUUCCCUGGUGGAUGAGAAGGGCAGCCCUCUUCUCUCGCCGGAAGCACGUAGCGCGCUGAAGCAGAUGAACAUCGAAGACCUCUUCGAGCACCAGCACACCGCUUUGUGGCUCGAGCUUGCAAAAAAGAAUCCACCACCGUUGACCGUUGUGGAUAACCCUGCCAAGGCACGCCGUCUUGGACUCAGCGGCAGAAGGGAAUUGGGGCAACAAGGGCCAAUCUUGGAACAUGAAGAGGGCCAGCUGCUUGGCUGUGCCUGGCUGCGAGAUCCUCGUAGCCAAGAUGUGGCCCUUGAGGUCUUAAGGGACAUUGAGAGGAGCACAUGGCAGCUGAGCAAGGACUUGCCGCGCCAACUGUCGUCCACCUUCGAGGACCCAGACUUGGGUCGUGGCCUCUCACCAAGACCUUGGUUUCAGGAAGUGGUCGACAGGUACGGCGCGCCUCCCAGACAGCAUCCUCAAAGGUACAAGCUACAUGAUGGGCGGCGCUUGUCAGUCUUGAUGGAGAAUAACACGGUGCCAAUCCGCUUUCACUUGAAUUUUGACACGCUCUAUGAGGAGAAAGUGCAGGCCAACCCCUACACCAAGGAUCGCUACUGCUUCCAGGAGGGCGCAUGGUUUCGCAUUGGUUACCCGGACGAGAAACCUUCUGGUUCAGGGCCGGACGAUUGUGGGGAUCGCACAACGACCUACGUCACCGGCAACAAGUGGUGCAUUUGCACAUCAAAUGAUUUGAUUAGUGACCAGAUGCGUGACUUUGUGAUUCAUGCGACUACGGAAGUGAUGAAGCAAGUGCCGAAGUUCUUCCGAGUGAAUCCGGUUGAGGAACAGCUGCAAUUCCGGAACUUCGAAGGCUCCUAUCCUGCCAUGUGGGAGACUACUGGCCAAACUGGUGUGUGCUGCGACCCUGACUGUCAGAAAGGUUUGCAUGUAGUUGUACCAGAUUCUUUUUGCACGGAGGGUGUCGCGGCCGAUGCUGUGCUGUCAUUGUCCAUGCCACCGCCCAUUCCUGGGGUCGGCGGUGCUGGCACCUUUUGCUCUGCAGAUCAACAUGGACGCCCCACGCACAUGGUCUUCCAAUGGCAUCGCAGGAUCACUCCGGCCCAGUUUGCACAAUCCUCGACUCAGGAGCUGGUUCAACAGUGGCGAGGACUUGUGCUUCACGAGGCGCUUCACGGCCUUGGCUUUGGUUCCGGGCUAUGGCAAAACAGCUAUGACGGGAAUGGGCAACGAAGAGAGAUCAUCAAACAAUUGGAGGUUGAAGAUGAAGACGGUUCGCGAGACUUCAUCUACCACUUCGUGAAAGGCACGCGUGUGUACGAAGUGGCCAAAGCUUACUUUGCCUGUGAGGAGGACGAUCAAUGGCAAGGGUUACCCUUGAUGAGCUGGCCGCCGUCGGGGCGUGACACCCACCAUGAGACGCGGAUUCUGCGAGACGAUGUGAUGUCCUAUGGAAAUAGCCUGGAAGCUGUCUCUGCAGUGACGCUAGCGGCGCUGGAGGAUACGGGACACUACCUGGCCAACUAUAGCAGUGCAGAAUGUAUGUGGUGGGGAAAAGGACGCGGUUGCAGCUUUGUGCUGCAGAGAUGCUCUGUGCGAGCAGCAGGUGAAGUCAUCACCGGCAGCCAGGCAUCCCAGUGCAACCGAGCAUGGUCCUCCAGGUACAGCGCCGGCAACCGCGAGGCCCUGGAAAAGUGUCUUCUGCCAGACUGUCGAAGCAGGACUGUUGGAGGGGUGACAACAUGCGAUGCCGAGUGCUUUACAGGAGACGAUGCAGAAGCAGUUUGCACGAAGGUUCCCAGCGGGCCGGUUGAAGCGGCGGGCUUCGUGGGCUGGGCCCAGGAUCUGGUCUCCGACGUGAUCGGGUAUGACAUCACCUGGGAGUCUUUGCAGAGCGCGGCAUCAGUGAGCAUGGCUCCCUUUUGCCUCCUCAGUGUAUGCUGCCUGGCAAAGUGCUUUGUAUGUCCGCGGAGCAAGCCGGAAAGGUCAAGACUUUUCUUCUAUGUGCUCUCAGUCGUCACGGUUCUUCCGGGCCUGGGGAUUUGUGCGGCUGGUGGAUAUGUUGCGAUCAACUGGGGAGAAUUUGAGGCGUUCUUCACAGUGGAAUUCAUGGCCGGCGUGCUGGCUCUAGGAUUUGCAGUGGUGUUCAUAGCAGGCUUGGGGAUCUAUGCGGUCUAUACGGGAGAUCGUGGCAAACAGAUGUGCUUCUCUGUGCUUCACACCUUGGAAGUGCUCACCUUGUUGGGUACGGUGUUCAUGUCCGCAAAGUUUGCCAUGGAUCUGGACAAGAUGACCAGUGACACCUUAUCGCAGGCUGGUGCUGCUCCGACUGGACUCACCUCAGCUGGAGUGGCCCAGCGGAUGGCCGACCAAGUGAUGAAACGACUCUUGUCCCUGUCUUGCAGAACUUAUCAGGUCUGCUGUGAGGACACGGAGCUCUUGGACUUGCGCGUCGCCAACGGCGCUCCAAGACAAUGCAAGGUUGCCCAUGAGGGAAUGGCAGAUGAUGCAGGAUUCGUUUUGUCUGAUCCAUCCCAUCCGAACUUCUGCCAGGCGGUCUCAGGUAUAAACUCCAGGACGGCCUUCCCGCCAAUGAUCUGUGGCUGGGUGCAGUCUCCGGACUUUAGCAUCGAAAGCUGCAAGCAGGAGUACUGUACGAGUGGCCUUGAAGGAUUGGAAAGCUUCUUAACGGCCGGAGUGGCUAUCUACCGGGAGAACAUGCUUCACUGCGGUCUGGCCGUGGGCUUUCUUCUGGCGAUACAGCUGGUGCAGCUUUUUGUUGUGCUCUGCAUGCGAUCCAAGCGCCGAAGGCAGAGCCGGGUAUCGCCAGAUGGAGAAUCGGACUCUGAAGACUCUGAGGACCUGCAGGCCGUCGUGCCAAAGCCGUCUUUGUUCGGCUCUCGCCGGGGCACGCAGGUGACGACCAUCAACGUGCGUGAGAAGCCGCGCCUGGAGCGGCGAAUCAGCGUGGGGAGUGAUUUGGCCUUCACAGGGACCUACACCGGUGCCGUGGCGUCCGCAAAAGCGGCGGCCAAGCCCAGAUGA